AUGCAGGGUUGUAGCUUCAAUUUGGUGUGUUUAAUCAUUUGCUGCGUGCAAUCUGUUACAGACACACAGCAAAUUGAAAUAAACAUAACAGAUAACCAAAUUAGCGACUAUAGAAAUAACAAAAAAGAUGGCCUUGCUAUUUCAAGAGAAAUAUUCAGGAAUAUCACAAAGAAAUUGCGUGAAAAUUUCAAUAGUGACGUCAUCACUAAUGAUAAUCAAAAGAUGAAAGUAAAAACAAAUGAGCAGCGCAAUUUUGCUCCUUAUCAAGGCUAUCACCAUUACGAGCAGCAUUGGGGGCCGUACUUUGAGGAGAGUAAUGUCACACAAAAGGAGGCGCACGUUGGAUCGGAAGCUUUGUUAAAUUGUCGUGUCGUCAUGCUCAAAGAUAAAACGGUAAUGUGGCUACGAAACACAAGUGACGUGGCACAAUUAUUAACAGUCGGGAGAGAAGCGCAUGCCGGUGAUAGUAGAAUUACUGUCAAAUUUCAAUAUCCAAACAAUUGGAGAAUUAGUAUUAACCCUGUGAAGACGUCAGACGAAGGUCUAUACAUGUGCCAAAUAUCAACGCAUCCACCUAGGACUAUUUAUUCAAACUUGACUGUUUUACCUCCCGUUUUAACUAUAAAUGGGGAUAAAUUGCACGUUGUUAAAGAUAGAUUUUAUAAAGCGGGUAGUUCUAUAAAAUUAUCUUGUGCGAUAUCAGAGAAAUAUAUAUUAUCUACAUCUAUAAAAACAUCUGAAGCACCAACAACCGUAACAACAACACCUAUGACUACAACAACUGAAUUAACAACUAAAAUGAGCACAGUAUUCAAUAGUUUAGAAAUAAUGUUAAAUAGAAGUUGGAGUAUUGCAACUACUACAAUUACUUCAACAGUUAGUAUAAGUACAACUAGAAAAACAUCACCAGAAAUUGAAAAAACAACAACAGCCACAUCCAAAUCACCUGAUGUAAUGAACAAUGUUUAUGGAAUAUUAUGGAAGAAGCAAGGAAAACUUUUCAAUGAUAAUAUAACAUGGCGUAACAUCAGUGCUACAAUAAACAUCGCGUCUGCUUCACAAGAAGAUAAUGGAAUCUACACGUGCCAAUUGAGAAAUCAUUCACAAGUUACUACAAUCGUUCAUGUCCUGAUAGGAGAAAAUCAAGCUGCUGUUCAUCAUGAUACAUGGAAUAAAGGUUCAAGUUACUGGCAAGUUUAUAAUAGACCGAUAUUGUCAUUAUAUUAA